UUGUAGACUGAUAUUUGAUAUGACAGUAUUGAAUGAAACCUGCAAAAGUGGGGGCAAAAGAGAGUUCAAGGAGGUAAAGUGAGAACCCCAACACUCAGAAAUGUAGACCCUCCUCAUUUAUGAACCUUGGAAUUCCUGCGUAUUUCCAUAUCAGAAAGAAAGUUCUUCAGCCCGGCUAAUUCCUGUAAAUACUAUGGAACCUCCGCAGCCCUGUAGGUUUGGACGGCUUAAAUCCAAGUUUGGAAAGGUUUUUUCCAUUCCAGAUGAUUUGCUGGCUUAAGCGCUUAAUUAGGAUGGCUUUUGAACAAGUUGGAUUAAACAUGGAAUCAGUGCUUUGGUCAAGCAAGCCUUAUGGUUCAUCUCGAAGUAUUGUAAGAAAAAUUGGUACUAACCUCUCUCUUAUACAGUGUCCGAGAGUUCAGUUUCAGCUUACUUCUCAUGCCACAGAAGGAAUCCAUCCUCAUCAACUUAGAGAAGAUGCAGUGGCCUCCUUUGCAGAUGUGGGAUGGGUUGCUGAAGAAGAAGGUGAAGUCUCUACAAGGCUCAGGGCAGAAGUUUGGUCAAAAACAGCCCAGCCUCUUUCAGGUGAACUGCAUCAUUCUGGAAGGUCCCCAUGCAGACAGAUGUCCUUACAAAACCCGUUGGAAGAAGAACAAGUGUCCAGGAGCACAGUGAUCGCAAAUGAAGAAGCUCUGCAGAAGAUCAGUGCUCUAGAAAAUGAACUAGCCACUUUAAGAGCACAAAUAGCCAAAAUUGUAAUCUUGCAAGAACAACAGAACCUGACAGCAGUUGGGUCAAGUCUGGUUGCUUCAGCUGCUGUCCCUGGUGCACCUCCACCACCACCACCUCCUCCUCCUCCGCCACCGCUCCCACCCCCAGGUCUACAACAGAGUAUGUCUGCAAUUGAGCUCAUUAAAGAAAGGAAAAACAAAAAAAUGAACUCUGGACAGAACCUGACAGAAAAUGGGCCAAAGAAGUCUGAAAUACCAAACAUGCUAGAAAUCCUCAAAGACAUGAACAGUGUGAAACUACGCUCAGUGAAAAGAUCAUCAGAAGGUACAAAAUCUAAAGUGGCUGACCCUACAGAUCCUGCAGCAUUAAUAGCAGAAGCGCUCAAAAAGAAAUUUGCUUAUCGAUACCGAAGUGACAGCCAAAGUGAAACAGAAAAAGUGAUUCCAAAGACUGAAACGAAGACAAAGACUGAGGUAGUGCUGUUUGGACCGCACAUGCUGAAGUCUACAGGAAAAAUGAAGACUUUAAUUGAAAAAUCUUAAUGUAUAAAGAUCACUACGGGAAAGACUGUUAAACUGUUUUGUCUGACAUCAUCUAUGUUGCAAAUAGCACUAGUACUGAGUGGUCUCUUACAACACAGGAAAAAACCUAAUGUGAAAUGUCGAAUUGAAGCACUAAACAUGGCUGUAUGUGAUUUAUCAAGGGGAAUAAAUUUUACCAUUAUACUCAGGUCUUAAUUUUGUAUUCAAACCUGGCUUUUUACUCAGACUUAGGUGGUGGUUUUAGUUUACUAACACUAAGUUAUAUAUACAACAUUUGUUGUGCAUAACUGACCACCUUAAAAAUGCGUGUACAUGUUAAUAACAAUAGUGAUACACCCUUAAGUUAAUAUCAGUUAUUUGAGCUCUAACUGUAACUUGCACUACACUGUUUAGUCUCAUACUGAAUUUUUCAUGUCAAAGUCUUUCUUUUAAACUUAAUUUUAGCAAAUUUUUAGCCCAAAGAAAACCUGAAUGCAUUCCGCUUCCUGCUGAAAGAAAGUGAAAACUUAAUCUCCUGCAGAGGUCACCUGGUAUGGGACAUUUUAAGUAGUAGCACAUUUUUGUGCAGGGAUUUUUGCUUGCUUCAAAUGAGUGUGCAAGGGUAAGAGAAAACCUACUUGUAUCAUCCUGUGGCCAAGGGCGAGUGCGGGACAAGUGAGCAAAUCCUGCUGUGGGAGCCCCUGUGAGCAGGCAGUCCAAUGAAUUUGAAAUAACCAGUAGACAGCAGCAGAGUAAAAUAAUUAAUGUCAGAGCAUGUGUUAACUAGCGUAGAAGUGGUGUAGACAAGGAAAAAAAAAAAAAAGGCUACACAAUACCUUGGGGUGCAAGUUGCCAAAAGUAUAUUGCUCAUCUCAGCUGUGCUAAGAGAUGCUCACGGACACCUUUUUAUCCCCAGCUGUCGCUGGUCCCUGGGUGGGUGUCCAGCAGCUGGGGACUGCACAAGCCCCUCCUGGUCCCCGUGGCAGGGAAGGGAUGACGGCGGGACAGCGUAAGCUAUUGCACAGAACCUGUUGUCCAGGGGGAGCCCUUCUGGGGACUUCCCCUAGCAGCGUUUUGCUGUCAGGCCCAUCCAGAGCUAGUUCAUUAAGCGACCACCUGAGCUCACUGCCCCAGCCAUGGAUACAGAAAAGAGCUCAAGCUAAAAAUAAAAUUCAGGUUGAAAAAAGCUGUUUAGGAACCAGAGAGCUACAACUUGGCUGCACACUUCAGCGAAGCCGAGCUUUGCUCCGGCUGUAGAUGGGCACAGAAAAAGCUGAGUCUGGGUUCAAACACUUCAUGUUCAAAGUUGAUCUGGCUGCUGGAACAAGUACAAGUGCCUCUUGGAGCUUCUGUUUUCUAGGAAAAGAAAACAGCAGCACUUCUUCAAUUCAGACAGACAGCUGAGUGGCUCUGACUGAGUUACUGAAGAUGACCGACACUUUGCUGCUUGUAACUGGAGUGUAGAUUUUUACAAUCAAGGACGAUGUUUUCUGGUGUGAAACUUGAAGUGCUGUUAAUAUGUACACAAUGCAACUUCCAUCAGUCUUACUGAUAGGCCGCGAAAUCCUUGUGUUCUUUUAAAUGCCUUCAAAACACCUUUCUGAAAGCUAAUUUUGGUUUCAGGUUUUGUAUUUAAUGCUGUAUUGGCACUAUAUAAAAUUAAAAGCAGUUAAAAUAAACAUUGCGUAUGUGAUUUGUGGUACUCUACAAAUGAUAGCAGACACAAUAAAGUACGGUUUACAUUCCAUUAUA